GAAGGGCAUAAUCGCGGCAGGAGCUCUCAACGUGCCCACUUACGCAACGUCGGUCCUGGCGAACGGCACUGGCAAGACUUCCAGGUCCAAGUUCACCAAGGACCAGGAGAGCCGAUUGCGCGUGCUCAUUUCAAAGGCCAACAGCCUCGCCGAAGUUCAGCGAUUAGAAAAAGCGCUCAACGAAGGAAGGCUGCCUGCUGGGUUUGCCACGGACGAUGAUGCCAUGGACGAGACAUGAAGACCUUCUUCCUGGAAGAACAUCAGCGAAUAGAAUGGCUAUACCCGUAGGCGAUGCCCGAGUUGGUUCAGAGAUUGCUCGGUUCAAGUGGCCUUGCCCGUAUCUCGCACGUCGUCUUCAUAUCCGCAUCGUUGGAAAUCUCGAGGACUUUCCCAUGGCCAGGACAAGCCAGGCCAGUGCAUCCGCACUGUUCGUCGCAGUGUCGCUAACGCUGCACGCGCGAGAAGCUCGAACCGCAGCCCACGUCGAUGCUUCCACGUACGGGAUGCAAACUCCGAGACUUCGGGACUGGCAUGCUCGGGAAGUGCGACGUGAGAUGACAACAUUGCAGGUGUCGAUUGACCGGUGCGACGCACGAGAUAUAAAUAUCAACGCUUCACGCCUGACAAACGAAAAAUACCAAUAUUUGACAUUUCCAUCACGCAUCAACAACCGAACCCUCGAACAUGAUCCCGAAAAAGAAAAAAUGCUGUCCAACGCGGAGAGAGUCCCAUUCCGUUCCCCUACCGCGUCCCCACGAGCCUCAGCUUCGUGAGCAGCUCCUCCCGCCAUUUCUCGCUGUGUCCGUACGCGGCCCCGCUGCGCAGACUGCAGCGCUCCAUUUCUUCCAGAUUCCACUUGAAGGUCGGCAUGCGCGCGAGGGUCGGCGUCGUCGUCACCAUCGAGUGGGGAAUCCGCGGCUGUGGUUGUGGCUGUUGGUGUGAUUGUUGUUGUGGCCGGAAGACUGGCAGCGCGGUGGUUUCGCCAU